GUGGCUACUGUAACUACAAAGGAGAAGAAGGAGAAGAAGGAGAAGAAAGACAAGAAGGAAAAGAAGGACAAGAAGGAUAAGAAGGAGAAGAAGGAGAAGAAGGGAAAGAAGCGCAAGGCCUCGGAUGAUGGAGAGGAGGUAAAGGCAGUGGAGGCCAAGGAUGAGACCGCUGCCCCUGUCAUUAAAAAGCUCAAGGCUGUCGAGGUUGCUGCCCCCCUGAAGGCUACCAUCGUUACUGGAGCUGAGGUCACCGGGGGCCUCGUCAAGGCGUUCUACAAGCCCGCCACCAACAAGACUACUAAGGAGCAGGCCCGCGAGUUCUACAAGGAGAACACAAUUGAAGUCUCGGGCGACCAGGACUUCUUGCCAGUGCUCAAGUUCGACGAGGCAGGAUUUAGACCUGAGAUGCUGGAUGUCACAAAGUCAUUCAAGGCACCCAGUCCCAUUCAAGCCGCCUGCUGGCCCAUUGUCCUGUCUGGCCGUGAUAUCAUCGGUAUUGCCGAGACUGGUUCUGGAAAGACACUGGCCUUCACUCUCCCUGCCUUGAUGCACAUUCGCGGUCAAAAGGAAUUUAACGUCAAGCCCAAGGGCCCCACCGUCCUGGUUGUCUCCCCCACUCGCGAGCUGGCUAUGCAGACACAGGAGCAAUGUGUUGCCGCUGGAAAGUCGUCGGGCAUUAAGAGUGUCUGUAUUUACGGAGGCGUGUCUAAGGAUGAUCAGCGUCGCGCUAUCCGUUCAGGCGUCCAUAUCAUCGUCGCCACCCCCGGACGUCUGUUGGAUCUGUUGGAGGACGGAAGCUGCAACAUCGACGCUGUCUCUUACUUGGUCCUAGACGAGGCUGACCGCAUGCUGGACACUGGAUUCGAAGAGGCUAUUCGCUCCAUCCUGCGUAAGACCCGCAAGGACCGCCAGACUGCCAUGUUCAGCGCCACUUGGCCUGAAUCCGUGAGAAAGCUGGCCCACGACUUUUUGGACCGGCCCGUCAAGGUCACGAUUGGCUCGCCCGACCUGGGAGCGUCCUCGAAUGUUACUCAGAUUGUGGAGGUUCUGGACGAUCCCCGCAACAAGGAGCGUCGUCUUUUGGAGCUGUUGCAGGAUUACCAUAAAACCCGCAAGAACCGCAUCCUGAUUUUUGCACUUUACAAGAAGGAGGCCGAUCGGAUUGAACAGACGUUGCAGAGGGCCGGAUACAAUGUCGGAGGUAUUCAUGGAGACAAGAGCCAACAUAUCCGCACCGCCGCUCUGGAGGCCUUCAAGAACGGAUCAGUCCCUCUUUUGGUGGCCACCGAUGUUGCUGCACGUGGUAUCGAUAUUACCGGAAUCACCCAUGUUAUCAAUGUCACCUUCCCACUGACAAUAGAGGAUUACGUCCACCGCAUUGGACGUACUGCACGUGGAGGACAGACCGGAAUUGCACAUACCUUCUUCACGGUGAACGAGAAGGGUCUUAGCGGAGCACUGAUCAAUGUUCUUAAUGAUGCUGGCGUCAAGAUCCCUGACGAACUCCGUAAAUUUGGUGGCACGGUCAAAAAGAAGGCACACUCGAUCUAUGGUGAUCAUUUCAAGGAUAUUGGUGGCGAGGUGAAGCAGCCUACCAAGAUUCGCUUUGAAUAGACUACACACUGGCAUCACCAUCAUUAUCUUUCACUUUGUAACCAUACGUAUAUUCUUUAUUGCAAGCGCUUUUUCUCAAAUACAAUGCAUCAUGAGGUCAAUGCAAUACGUGAGGAGAAAGUGGCCUGUGGUUUGUUGAGUAUGCAUGCUAUAGUCCAAGUCCUUGGGGCCAACAGGCGAUCUAUAGCAAAGUAUUUGUGGCGGUGCGACUAAAAAUAGACAUGGGCAAAAGCGCAACGGUGAGUGCUAUCUCGCCUCUCUCGCC